AUGCCGCCCAAGAAGGCCGCUGUGGAUAACAGCGCAACCAUUCGCUCGGCCUCUCGUAAGAAGCAACGGCCUCAGCCCUCCGACCGAGCAGGCGCUAGCCCAUUUGGUUCUUCGUCCGGCGGUAGCUCUCUCGCUUCGUCACUAUCAUCUCUUUUCUCGCCACACCCACACGGCAAAGAUGCUGCGUUGGCAUCACUGUUGGCUUCCAGCUCCAAGCCUGCGGUCAAACUGGGUCAGGCGUCUGGAUUAGCUGCCUUCGGGUCGUUCUCGGGUGCGCCCUCUGGCCCGCCAACCACCUCGGCGCCGAGGAUUCUGGAUGACAGGCAGAAGGAGAAGCGCAAAGAUGUGUCAGACAAGCCGGGUCCGUCAAAACCUGCCGUUGCUGCUGAAGGCCAGGGGGUCACACAGAAGCCUUCAGCCUCUGUCAGCCGAGACGAGGAAGUUGAGGUUUCUGCCCCCAAGGACCGUGUGCAGAAAGCAUCGACUUCGGCAUUUGCUUCUGCAGUAUCAACAUCCGUCCCCAGCGUUCCAGCAGGCAGACGACCAGUCUUUCGACCCGUCCUCGCCAGCUCCACGGCAGUCACUUGGCCCGAGAUGCCCGUCGCGGGGUCGAAGACGGUCCUUCACACACUCAUCGAGAUUCUUGGUCAUCCAGAUGUUCAGGUCACACUUCACAGAGACUUGGGAAGGAGGUCACGUCUCCGCUCCUCUAAGACCACGGACGUGAAUGAGAAUACGAAGAUGGACGUCGACGGCGAAGAGGGUCCGUCAUUGAAACCUGCACCUCCGCAAGUGCUCGCAGGGAUCAACAGCAUCACACGCGCUAUCGAACACGACAUUGCUGCAGACCUAGCUAAGCUACACAGCCGGGACACUGACGUCAAGCAGAAAGGCAAGGCAUCACAAGAGGCUACGGCGCGGCCAAGGGUCAAGGUUGUCUUUGUAUGCCGUCAUGACGUACCACAACCUUCGCUGAUCGCGCACCUGCCGAUGCUGAUUACAGCGAGGAAUGCGGUCUCGCAAGCCCUCACUACUCCAACUGAGGUCGAGAAAGACUCGUCUGGAGUAUUCCUCUUCGCCCUGCCGUCCGGCUCCGAGUCUCUCCUGGCGAAGGCGCUCAACCUGCGCCGAGCAUCCGUAGUGGCACUCACAACGGCGUUUGUCUGUGAUCGCCUCACGCAGCUCCUGGAAGCAAUCGAACGGGAGACUGGAUCCCUCUGCCAUCUGCGCGCAAGCUGGCUCGAAACAGCCAUCCGCUCCGCCACACAAUCGGCCUCCAACCCACUACCCUUGUCACUGAGACAACAGCCAACCUCGGUCAAGCUGUUGCGCACCACACAACCGCUGGAUCUCAACAAGUGCAAGGCGGAGAAGAAGACAAAGAGAAAGGAGCGGUCGGCGAGAUGGAAGCAGAAGAAGUGUCGGUUGCAGCAGAGAGUCAAACGGCUAAGCGCGGAAAUGAAGGCGGCGCAGCGGAAGGAGAGGUCGAAGAAGGCUGCGCGUUCCGCAGAUGUUUCAUAG